UGUCUCCGGAGCGGCUGGGAGGAUGGGCCUCUCCGCCGCCGCCCCGCCGUGGGGCGCCCCGGGGCUGCUCCUGACCAUCGCCCUGCACCUGGCUAUCUACCUGCACCCUGCCCAGGCCUGGGCGCCCGUGCAUCGGGACUACUGCGUCCUGGGCGCCGGGCCCGCGGGCCUGCAGAUGGCCUACUUCCUGCAAAGGGCAGGCAGAGACUACAUGGUGUUCGAACGCGCCCCGGUGCCUGGCAGUUUCUUCACGCGCUACCCCCGGCACCGCAAGCUCAUCAGCAUCAACAAGCGGUACACCGGCAAGACCAAUGCCGAGUUCAACCUGCGUCACGACUGGAACUCUCUGCUCAGCCACGACCCCCGGCUGCUCUUCAGACACUACUCAGACGCUUACUAUCCCGACGCCAGCGACAUGGUGCGCUACCUGAGCGACUUUGCAGAGCGGCUGGGGCUUCACGUACUGUAUAACACAACCAUUGCCCACGUCACUGUGAACAAGGAUCGCGGGGCCUGGAAUGGCCAUUACUUCAUCCUGACCGACCACCGGGGCCAGGCAUACCAGUGCAGCAUCCUUCUUGUGGCCACCGGCUUGUCGGUCCCCAACCGGGUGGACUUCCCUGGUUCUGAAUAUGUGGAUGGUUAUGAGUCCGUGUCUGUGGAUCCCAAGGACUUCGAGGGUCAGAAUGUGCUGAUCCUAGGCCGGGGGAACUCGGCCUUUGAGACAGCAGAGAACAUCUUCAGUGUCACCAACUUUAUCCAUAUGCUGAGCCGCUCCCGGGUCCGGCUCUCCUGGGCCACCCACUACGUCGGAGACCUCAGGGCCAUCAACAAUGGCCUGCUGGACACCUACCAGCUGAAGUCCCUGGACGGGUUGCUCGAGUCCGACCUUACAGACUUGGCCAUUGUGAAAGACCACAAGGGCAAGUUCCACAUCACUCUGAAGAUCUUCGUGGAGGAGUUCUUCAACCAGAGUUCCGACGCCAUCCCCCUCCCCCAGGACAACAAUGACAACUUUGCCAUGCGCGUGGCCUAUGACCGGGUCAUCCGCUGCCUGGGCUGGAAAUUUGACUUCUCCAUUUUCAGCAAGUCACUCCGACUCUCUUCAGGGAGUGAACUCAGCGAGAAAUAUCCCCUGGUCAGAGCCAGCUAUGAAUCCAAAGGGAGCCGGGGCCUCUUCAUCCUGGGGACUGCCAGCCACUCAGUGGAUUACCGGAAAUCUGCUGGGGGUUUCAUCCAUGGAUUCCGAUACACAGUGCGUGCCGUCCACCGGCUGCUGGAGCAGCGCCACCAUGGCGUGGCCUGGCCCUCCACCGAGCACCCCAUCACACACCUGGCCAGUGCCAUCAUCCGGCGCAUCAACGAGGCCUCUGGGCUCUACCAGAUGUUCAGUGUGCUGGCCGACGUGGUCCUGCUGAAGGAGAACGCCACCACCUUUGAGUAUCUGGAGGAGUUCCCCAUGCAGAUGCUGGCGCAGCUGGAGACGAUCACGGGAAGGAGGGCGAGGCACGGCCUCUUCGUCAUCAACAUGGAGUACGGCCGGAACUACUCUGGGCCUGACAAGGACGUCUUCUUUUCUGACCGCUCUGUGGGGCACAUGGAAGAUGCCUGGCUGUCCAACUUCCUCCAUCCUGUCAUCUACUACUACAGGCACCUCCCCACCGAGCAGGAGGUGAGGUUCCGCCCGGCAGGCUGGCCGCUACCGCGGCCCUCAGCCCUCCACCACGUCGUGGAAGAUUUCCUGACAGACUGGACGGCCCCGGUGGGGCACAUCCUGCCCCUGAGGCGCUUCCUGGAGAACUGUUUGGAUACUGACCUGCGAAGCUUCUAUGCAGAGUCCUGUUUCCUGUUCGCCCUAACACACCAGAAGCUCCCGCCCUUUUGCCAGCAGGGCUACCUGAGAACGCAGGGGCUCGUGGGAACUGAGAGCCUCCGUCAGCACGGCAUGGAGAGCGGGCUCCUGUGGGACUCUGCCACCAUGGGCCAGCACCAGGGGGCCAGCGACCAGCAGCCUGGCGACCACGGGCCAGGAGGGCACUCUCUGGCUCCAGGGCCUCCGGUCUCACCUUUCAACAGCAACAAGGAGGAGCUCUGAUGGGUGGCUGCUCCCCCUAGGCUCACAGUCAGCCUUCCUCUUCCCCGCAGUUUCGUGCUCCCACGUGAUUGCCAAAGACCCCCCUCAGAUCAUCGCGGUGACCGCACCAAAGCCACACGGAGGACACAGACAGGCUGAAGGGCGGCCACACGGUGAUCUCCCCUCCUGUUUGGUUCAGGGAUUUCUGGGGAGAGGGGUCCAGGGACAGCAUCUUCUGUCAGAUGGAAGGGAGCCGCCUUCCAUGCCAGACUUGUCUGCAAGCCAGCCAUCACAAGCACCAGGCUGGCCUCAGCUCUGUCCCUGUCAAGUGCCCAGUGUUCCUCUUCUGAGGCCCCUGGAUUCCGCCCACCCAUGGAGCGUUUGACAAGUGCAAUCCACCCUCAUCUUCAUACGGGUUGUAGCAGGCACUUUAAGACAAAGGCUCUAAGGUCCUCCACCAAGUAGGGCAGGUGGGCCCAUUACCCCCUGAUGAAAACACCAGCUGAAAAAGGUCAGGUGAUCUCCGAGGUCCCAGCCAGGAGUCUGGGAAGCCCUAAGGCCAGCCCUGCUUCACCUUACUGCCUCUCCCCGCCCCAUCUCUGCUUUCAGAAUCCCAGUGGGGGCAGAGAGAAGACAGCUCCCUGCAGGCCAUAUUAUGUAGGCGGGUCUCUGCCAAGCUGGUCUCUCUCCAGGCCCGCCCUCCCUGACUUGCCUUCCCUCUGUGUUCUCCUCUCUCUCAUCCCACUCCCCUGCCCUCUGGCAUUCCU